AUGCUUCUGAUCUUCUUCUGGAUCUUGAUCUUCUCGAGUUCGGCCAACUCCCAAACCCAAAACCUCACCGAAAAUCAAAAGAAAAUGUUGGAAAAUCUGGAGAAUUAUUACGGCGAAGCAAAAAACCUCCUAAUUUCCACCGGCAAUUUCACAGCCUCCUCAAUUUUCACAAUCCACGUCAUCUACAAAAACACAUCGGAAGUGUAUUUGGAGAAUUCGACGACUUCGCCCAACUCCGAUCUGAAUGCUCCAAAUCGACCGCCACAAAUUGUGAUUGUGGAGAGGGAUUUCGAGAAACUCCGAUUCUUGUGCAAUACAUCCAGCGAUGAUUUUUUGGAAAUUCGGAAAAAGAUUAUUUUGGCGCUGGAUUGUCAAUAUUUUCCCAAAAGAUUUGUGGAUAAUCCGAUGGAAACUGAAUUCGAAACGGAACGCAAAUUCAGAAUCUACUACUUCUACGAAUAUCUGGGCGCCUUGUGAGUUAAAAAAAAUUUUGCGCCGGGUGGGGGUCGAACCCUGGCUGUGCGAAUGGUACGCACGAGUUCAUACCACUGGGCCACGCGGGAGUUUUCUUCUUUCCUCUACAAUUUCGAAUAUAAAAUGCGCUGCAUUUUUGAUGACGGUGUAAUUUUUACAAAAUACUAAUCUACAGUAAUCCCUACAGUAAUCAACCAAUUUUUUUACAGUACUAUUCUGCUCUGUUUGGCUCUUGUGAUCUACACGCAUCGCAAUUCGGUGAGAUUCGUAUUCAACAAUUUUGCAUUCAGAUAAAAUUCUACAGUAAUCCAUAUAAUUCUACAGUAAUCCAUAUGUUUUUGAAAUGAAUAAAGGUUUUUGGGAUUUUUUCAGUCUUAAUUUUCAAAUUCUACAGUACCCAGGGAUUACUGUAGUUUCAAAAUUUUAUCAAACUACAAAAGUUACAGUACACCCGAACUACAAGGGGUACUGUAUUUGAGAGGUGCAGCGAUAAUUUGACCAAACUUCAAAGUAUAUGGUAGCCUGAUGGGUUACUGUAUCCAUUUAUUUUGUAGAACUGCAAUGAUUACUGUAGAUGAAAAGUAAUUUCCGGUGAGCUACAGUAAUCCAAAACAAUUUGCCACGUGGAUUUUCAGAGCCCAUAAAAGUACAGUACCCGCAAUUUCUUCUACAGUACUAUUUUUUUCAAAAAGUUUUUUCGCGCGCCAAUUUUGAUGGGAAAAUAUAAUUUGAAAAUUUUUUGUUUUCAUUUUUUUUUUCAAAAUUUUUGUCUGUCUCAAAAAAUAUCUGAAAAUUUCCAGAAAAAUGCUGAAAAUCUAUGGAUUCUUCAUCCUGAUCUCCUUGACUUCGGCUAACUUCACAGCUUCCGAAAAAGUCGCGAUAAUUCUCGACGAAUAUUACGAGAGCGUGGAGAAUUUCUUGAAUUCCGAAAAUUUCACCAACUUCACCAACAUCAAUAUUAAUUUGAUAUACAGUGCUGCGAAAAAUCAAUCUGAAAUUUUUUUGGCUCAGAAUUCUGAUGAAAAUUUGAAUUUUGUGAUUCUAGAGAUGAAUUUCGAAAAAAUCCGAAUUCUCUGCGACCAAAAGCUGAAAAAUCCCGAAAAAAUUUCGAAAAAUAUGUUUCUCCAACUUGAUUGCUCAAAAAAAUCCGAGGACUUCUCGAAACUCCAAAUCUUCUUGAUCAUUCUGGGAACUUGGUAAGCCUACAGUAAUCUACAGUACUCCCUGAGAAAAAUCAAUAUUUACAGUACUCUUCUGCUUUGCUUGGCUUUGGUGCUCUACGUGUUUUUUGCGUCACCGAUUUAAAAUUUUUGAAAAAAUUUGAAUAAUAAAAAUGUUAAUUCUUUUAAAAAAACGUGUUUUUUUUUCCACGUGGAAAAAUUUCUACAGUAACCUCAAAUGUUUUCUGAAUGAAUUCCAGCCUUGGAAAUCUACAGUACCCUGACAAUCUACAGUGGUUCAAUUUUUUCGAGAGCUACAGUAACCCGAAUGAUUUUCCACGUGGAAUAGUUUUUUUUUAUUAGAAAACUACAGUAACCCACGUCGUCGCCACGUGGAAAUUUUUCCUACAGUAAUCCAGAAAUUUGAGAAAAUCAAAUUCGACCUGGAUUUUCUGGAUUUCAAAAGUACAGUAAUCCUUGCCUCGUGGAAGUCUCCUACAGUACAUUUUUUAAUUUGUUGUUUACCUCGAAAAAAUCGUACAAUUUUUUCGCGCGCUAAUUUUUUGUGGGAAUUUUUUUUCAAAAUUUUCUUUUUUUUCAAAAAAUUCACGUAAAAUUUUCAUUUUUCUCUUUUUUCACCCAAAAUUCUCAAAAUUUUCAGAGAAAAAUGCUGAAAAUCUCUGGAAUCUUGCUGAUCUUUUUUAUCUGGAGUUCCUUGAAUUCCGCUAACUCCACUUCAAAUUCUGAUGAAGCUUCAAGAAUCCUCGAGACCUACUACAAUUCUAUUGAAAAGCUCCUGCUCUUGGAGGAAAUUUCAGAAAAAAAUUCCACGGAUUUCCAGCUUCAAGUUGUCUACACUCAGAAUUCUUCGGGAAUUUUUCUGAAUUCAAAUUCAGAUUCUGAAAAUUCGACUUCGCCUAACUCCAUCACAAUUUUCGAGAGCAACAUCGAAAAAAUCAAAAUUCUAUGCGCCAACCAAAAAAACCUCACAAAAAUCAAUCUCCAAAUCGACUGCAAGAAAUUCGCACAAAAUUCGAUAAUCUGGCCAUUGCUCAUAUUAUGGAUUGCCGGGUAAGGUUUCUAACGUAGUCUACAGUAACCCACAGUAAUCUAAAAUAUUUUCAGGUCACUGAUUUUUCUCAGUUUUUGCUUGACAUACAAUUUGAAGAAGUUUGAAGAAGAAAAUCAGGAAGAAGAUGAUGUUUUUUAUAGUUGUAAUGAGAGUUAUGGAGUUAAUUAA